AAAUACAAACCAUGCAAACAUAGGCAACAUGGCAGUGUUAGGGACCUGGGCCUUCUCUGAGUCUGCAGUUGACCAGCUGAGGAGUCUGAUCAGCUCCGGACGUCAAGCCACUGAUGCUGUCGAGGAGGCUUUAGCAGCGGCUGAGGACGACCCAGGCACGGGGCGACACAUCGUGGGCAGGGGGGGGUUCCCCAACAGUGCCGGCGUGCUGGAGUGUGAUGCUGCCAUCAUGGAGGGAGGGGCCGGGCGGUUUGGAGCAGUGGCGGCACUACGGGGGGUGGGGAGUCCCGUGCGUGUAGCGCGUAGCGUGAUGGAGAGGAGCCCCCACAGCCUGCUGGUGGGAGAGGGAGCAGUGGGCUUUGCUAGGGAGCAAGGCUUCACUGUUGAGCCCAACGAAGCCAUGCUGACUCCACACUCUACCCAGGCCUACCAGGAGUUUGUUGAGAAGAAAAACCAACCCAGUGGCCAUGAUACUCUUGGUCUCAUUGCUCUGGACCUCAUGGGGAACAUAACAGUGGGAGUCUCUACUUCCGGAGCUCCCUUUAAGUCCCCCGGGAGGGUUGGAGAUUCCCCCCUACCCGGUUGUGGGCUUUAUGCUGACCACACGGUAGGCGCUGCUGCUGCCACUGGAGACGGCGAUAAGAUCAUGUGCUUCUGCCCCAGCUUUCACGUCGUCCAGCAGAUGAAACAGAAGGGCUCUGGCCCUGGCGACGCCUGCCGAGACGUCCUCACUGACAUCCUGAGCCGGGUGGAGCCCGCAAAGAGGUUCGAGAUUGGACUCAUAGCCAUGAACAUGAAGGGUGAGGUUGGAGCGGCCUCUUCUGCGGAGUUCCCCUACACCUUCUGGAAGCGGGAUAUGGUCAAAGUCCAGACAUGCAUCAGUGUUCCACUAGACAGCCACGGAGACAAACCAGGGGAAUAGAAAAUAAAUCAUCUGUGGUGACAAA